ACAUUUGAACGUCGGUUUGUUAGGCGAAUUUGUUUUUUUCAGUUCAAUUUCGCUUCAUUUUGCCCUUAAUUGUGUGGUUGGAGUGGAGCGAAUAGUAUCGAUUUUUUCUUCGAUGAAUAAUUUGGGCGUUUUUGUAGGGUUUAGGAAUUUUCGCGUUUUGUUUGUUUGGAAUAAUUUAGCCCGUUGAGUCGAUUUCGUGUUUAAUUUUUGUGGGUGGGUAAUUGAGGGUUUAUUGAGAAAUCUUACACUUGAAACAGUGGUGAUAUCCAGCUGUGUAAUUUUUUAGUUUUUCUGCAGCGAAUUUGUAUAAUUUCCUUCAAAUGAUUACUCUAUAUUAGCUUGAUCCUGCAGGUGGUUGCCAAACUAAUUUCUGUGGUUUUAAUGUCUCCAAACCUAAGAGGAAAAAAAUACAUUUUGGUCUGAUGCAGAUAGGAUACAUUUUGGUGUAAUGAAGACAGUGUGGUAAUUAGCUUCCGCAGGUUUCACUCUUGCUGCAACAGCUUGUAUUUUGUGAUGUUGCGGUUGGAUUGCUGAUGCUUUGGUGAUUGCCUGCUGGCAUAGGCACACACACAUAUACAUACAGGUUGUAAGGAUUACAGUGGACUGACUGUGUUGCUGGUAAACAUGGGUGCUGCUUGUUGUUGUUUGAGGGAUGAAUGUGAAGAUUUUGCUAAUCCAAACAAUGCUAUUUUUCGGAAUUGCAUAUGCCUUCGAUGCUUCAUCCAAAACUUUUUCCAUUUGUACUCAUCACUGUUCCACAGAGGAGAUGAACACGCUUUAACUUCAUCUGCUCAGGGAACGACAUCCUUAAGCCCAAUGUCCUCUGUUGAUAACUCUCUAGCUGAUACGUUUCGCUCUCCUCCAAGACCUCUUCCUUACGAUGCAGAUCCCAGGUACUUCCGAUUGCAGCGUGAUGGACUUGUGUCCCGAAGGGAGAAAGGUUCGAGCCAUUCCCAUGAGGAAACCGAGCCGUUAAGAGCAAGUGAAGUUGACGAGCAAUCUGAGUCUUUGAGUAGCAAGAAGAAAUGGAAUGAGUUCACAUGUGAUGAAGAUAAAGAUUAUACUUCAAGAUCAUCACUGAAGCAUACAUCAGCUAAAACUACAUCAGGGUUUGCUCAUAUUUAUACAUCCUCAGAAGAUGAAGAUGUUUGCCCCACAUGUCUUGAAGAAUAUACUACCGAAAACCCAAAAAUAAUUACACAAUGCUCGCACCAUUUUCAUCUUGGUUGUAUAUAUGAGUGGAUGGAAAGAAGCGACAACUGCCCGGUUUGUGGCAAGAUGAUGGCGUUCGAUGAGACGACAGCUUGAUCUUUCUGGCCUUCCUACAGCUCGUCGUGGAUGAAGCCAACCGCCUACAGAAACAAGAAUAAAAGAUAAAGAAUCAGACAGUGUAAAAAGCUAUUUGUGUAUGUAUAUACUAUACCCUACCUUGCUGAAAAAUGUUGUUAAACGAUGAUGCUACUCUGUUAGACUUGUUUCUCUAUUGUUGUAUUUUUCAAAAAAGUUCGGAAAUUGGUUUCAUGUGGAAGGAUGAUAUAUGUUUACUACUGGAUUGAUGAUUAUGAAUUUAAGGGUUGGGGCAUUGGCCAUGAA